AUGGUAUCAAUAAUAUAUCCUCUGACUUGUGAAUUUGAAAAAAUAGCUGUAUAUAAUGCUCUCAAUAUAAAAAUAGAUAAAGGAUUUGAUGAAGGUCUUAAAGUGUAUACUUCAAGAAAAUAUAAAUAUCAGUAUAUCCAGUUCCAAAACCAAUUUCAAAUUGAAAACGACAAUAAAUUUGUAGUACUAUAUGGCUUAUUUGUUUCAAAGUACAAACAAAUUAUUAAGAAUCUGCAUUUUUUAGGGAAAAAAAGUUCAUCAAUAAAAACUGAGAUUAUGCAAGAAUUUUCAUUUGAAAGAUGGUGCUUAACAAAAGAGCAAAAAACGAACCAUGGGAUAAAAGAUUGCUUUGGAUGUCAAAAUGACAUUAAGUUUAAGUAUUUGCUAUCAAAAUUCCCGAAUCGAUGCAAAUCUUAUCAAUCUGUUGCAUCCAAAAAUGGUUUAAAACAAAAAGAACUUAUGUUAAAUGACAUAACAAACACAAUAAUAACAAAACUUGAUAAAGAAUACCAAAAAGAAUUUCAAACAACUUUUACAAAAACUUGUUCCCGUAUACUAAAUUUAAAAAACAAGUCUACAGAUGAAAUGCGCAAGCAAAAAAAGCAAAAAAAUCAAUGGAAAGAAACAUCAGUUGUAAGAACAUAUGGGAAUAAUAUUUCCCUUCGGACUAGAAAUAAGCAUCGUCUAACUGCAAGUAUGGAACCAUUCAAGCAAGCAGAACAGCGAUCUUAUGAAUUCAAAGAAAAAGUAGAUAAAGGUGUAAUAAAACCUAAAAAACAUGUUGGAUCACCACAUACAUACAAAGACGAACUGAAUUUAUGUCUUGAGGAGGUAAAUCUUUAUAAAAGUGGAGAAAAGAUUAACUACUUUAGUCUUGCAAGAAAAUACAAUAUAAUUGAUAGUGCAAGUAAAAUACCACGCAAUGGUGGGCAGAUUGUCAAAGAAUUUCUCAAGGAAAAUGGUGUCAAUAUAUCAAGUUUAUCUGAGAUGAAAAGAAGUAUUGGAGAGAAAAAUGUUGUUAUUCAAAGAAAAAAACGAAAGUCAUUGACACGUUUUGCUUGCUGUGAUAGUGAGAAGUAAAUUGGGAAGUGGUCAGAUAUAUCCGUUUAAUUAUUCCUACUCUUAAGGAUGAAUCUUGAAUUGAAUUUGUUAAUAUAUUUUCAAUAGCUGUAAUUGAGGUGGGAGUUACCCGGGUGGAUUUGUUUAUAAUUGGAAAAGUGUAAUGUUGUAUCAUAUCAUCGAAAAAAGUUUUGGUAUUUGCGUGUUCCUGAUAGCUUAGGAACUUUAAAUACCGUAUAACAUGGAUGACGAAUGGGAAGAACAGUAUGUUUUUGUUGAGCUAGUUGGAUUAGUUGAUCCAGAAAAAAUAGAAAAAUGCACAAAAGAAAAUACUGCCAUACUUGGUAUCAAUGGUAACAGACCUAUUAUUAAUUUAUGUGGUUAUGCCUUUUCUGGUUCGUAUCAAGAUUCUCUUGGAACAAUGGUUUUGUUUGAAGAAAAUAUAGAUGGUGCUGGAAAUAAAGCAUUGAAAUAUGCAUCUCAUACAACAAAAAUUUUAGAAGCUUCUAGAGUAUUUUUAAAACCAAAUGUUUCAUCUGACUCCAUGGAAAAUAAAAAUAUUUCUCAACCCAAUGACUAGUGAAGUUGAAUUUUGUCCUUGUAUUUUGUCAUUUAGGAUUAUUAUGAAUUACUUUA